CUGCGGUCCGACAGGAACCCAUUGAGCACCUUGAGCCCGGAGGGAGAUUUGAGAUCACCGAAGCCCAUGAUGAAGCAGAAGAUCCGAAGCGAGGAAGAAGGAGUCGCGUAGAAGAUCAGGAAGAAAGGGGGAGUAGACUCGAAGAGCCGGCCUUAUACCCGGAGAGGCUCCUCCCCCGUGGAGAGAUCCGCCUCAUGCUCGCUGUUCCUGGAGGAGACUUCUUUUAAAGGCCCUUUAUUGAUUAAGAAGUCUCAAACUGGAACCCGCAGGUGAGGGGGUUCAUAUCAUUCACAACAAACACACAAAAGGGAGGCUGAACCAGCUCUCUGUCUCUGUCCCUCUACCUGUCCCUGUCCCUAUCCCAGUCCUAGAGUACUUUGACUAUAAUCUCCAUGCAGGAGCUGUGGAUGUAAAUCAGCAGCAACUCACUUCCUACCUCGGGCUCAGAAAUGCAGUCAGACGGGUCACAUGGUCCCACAGACCGUUCUGAUUGGAUGCUGCUGAACACACCUGAGACACACUGGACAGGUGAGUUUCAGUCAGUUGCUCAGAGAGGAAAGAAGGUCCACAGGAGAAGAAGAAGAAGAAGAAGAAGAAGAAGAAGUCUUUAUGGGUUUGUCUCACAGCUGCAGCGCUCCUCAGGUGAUCCUGAUGGGUUUGGACUCAGCAGGUAAAACCACACUGUUAGCCAGACUGCUGACCGGACAGGUGAUGGAGACGUCUCCCACCAUCGGCUUCAACGUGGGGACUCUGGAUCUGGACAAGAAGACGUCUCUCACCAUCUGGGACGUCGGGGGCCAGAAGAGCAUGAGAGCCAACUGGAGGUCAACAACAACAGCACACCUAAAUAUGUACUACCUGGAGGGAUGCCGGGCCCUGGUCUUCGUUGUGGACAGCAGCGACCCGGCUCGGCUGCCCGAGGCUCAGAAGGUCCUGAAGAAGGUUCUGAGUGAGGAGAUCCUCAGAGACGUUCCUCUCAUGGUUCUGGCCAACAAGAAGGACCGGUCCAACUCUAUGACCAUCCGGGAGAUCUCUGAGCAGCUUGACCUACCUCAGUAUGUGGACCGGCUGUGGGAGAUCCAGGCCUGCAGCGCUGUGCAGGGUCUGGGCCUCCAGCAGGCCUUCCUGUCCGUCCACAAGCUCAUCAAGAAGUCCUGAAGCCCUAAAGCCCUGUGGGCCUGAAGACCUGAAGCCCCCUGUAGAGCCCCAGUAUUGAUCUUUCAGUUCUCAUGGAAUAAAGGUUUAAAGUGUGUAA